AUGGCUGAAAACCACAACAGAUCCAAUGAUUCGGAGCAAACUUUUGCCGAAAUAGAAUCUUGGCUUGAAAGCCUUUCCGUCGAGUCUACGGUGAACACCUCUCGGUUGGAGCAAAACCUCGAAGAGUGGUUGCAUUUGAUCAAUGACAUUGCAUCCAUAAGAAAUAUCGCAUUUGUUACGUCCGGCGGAACAAUCGCUCCUUUGGAGCGCCGCAUUGUUAGAUUUAUUGACAAUUUCAGCACUGGCUCUCGUGGUGCAAGUUCAACGGAGUACUUUCUGCGCCAUGGGUACGCGGUUGUGUUUUUCCAUCGUCGUGGCUCAUUGCUGCCUUACUUACGCACCCUGAAGAAUUGUCUCUCUUUGGACACAAUGGAGAGAAUAGAAAACCAGUUAACAAUGGAUCAGCAUCACUGCAUCAACUAUCUCGACUGGUUUCAAUUGAACUCGAAUGGAACUGAUGUAUCAGUCUCGCAAGCGGCCCUGGGCUAUUUACUCCCAGUACUGACGGCAUACAGCAAAUACAAACGAGGGUUGUUGACACUAACCUUCGAAACAGUCGAGGACUAUGUUGUCGGACUGUAUGUGAUUUCCAAAAGACUGAUGCAGUUCGUUAAAAACGAGUCAAGAUACAAACGUUCGCUGUGUUGUUAUCUGGCGGCUGCUGUAUCCGAUUUUUAUCUUCCCCUCGCACAACGGUCGGAACACAAAAUCCCUUCUUCGGCAAGCGGAGACAACUCCAAGCCGUCGACUUUGUGCCUCGAUGGUUCAGGUCUUACGAUACAUCUUGAGAGUGUGCCGAAACUCCUGCCACCGCUUAUACUCAAAUGGGCAUCUGGAGCAUUUGUGGUUAGUUUUAAACUCGAAACGGAUCGCAGUCAUCUCUUAUCCGUCGCUGAGUCUCGAAUUGUGAAUGCUGAGUCCCAUUUGGUAGUAGCCAAUCAGCUGGAGACUCGAUUUGAAGAGGUUUGGUUGGUCCAUCGUUUGUGUGACCCACAGAAAUGUGUUCGUGAACAUAUCCAAGUCCCGAAAUCGAACGAAGGGCAAACGACCGUGGAACUCGAGGAGUUGCUCGUUUCUCGGCGGCAUGUUCUGAAGCAUGAAAUUCCACUUUCUGGGUUCAAAGUGCUUGCCGAAAAAUGGUCUGCUGGUGGCCAAUGUACUCAACAAAGCUUGUGUCUGGCUUCCGUCUACAAAGAUAAUGACGAUGUCAUAUCCGGCCGUCCGGUCGGCAAGGUUCUCACCAGAAAGAACUUGCAGCGUUCAUCCACUGCUUCAUUGAUAAUGAAGUAG